AUGGUCCUUUCAGUCUAUAUUGCACGUGCUAGUGACGGAAACCCUCUCUCAGGGAGCGUCGAUAGCGACAACAACCGAGAAAUUGAGGAGCAGAAGCAGAAGAUCAAGCUACUGACACGUAAAAUCACGCCGGAGUCGGAGCCGCGGGCCAGCAUCGAGAGCGGCAAGUACUACAUCCACUACCUAAUUCAGAACAACAUUGUAUACUUUUGCAUCACAGACCACUCGUACCCUGCUAAACUUGCUUUUUCGUUUUUAGACGAGCUAGCCAAGGAAUUUUACACAUCGUACGGCGUUGAAGCCCAAACGGUGGCCCGGCCUUUUGCAUUCAUCAAGUUUGACAAUUUUAUUGAGAAGACAAAGCGAUUGUACCAAGACACUCGUGCAACUCAAAACCUGGACCGACUCAACGCUGAGCUCCAAGAUGUGACGCGUGUCAUGACGAAAAACAUUGAGGAUUUGCUUUACCGCGGUGACUCGCUUGACCGCAUGCAGGAUCUGUCGUCUAACUUGCGUGCUGAAUCUAAGAAGUAUGUGCGCCACGCUAAACGUAUCAACAUUGAGGCCUUGAUUCGUCAGUAUAUCCCGGUAAUUGGUCUCUCGCUCAUGUUUUUGUUUCUAAUUUGGUGGAUGUUUCUCCGAUGA